GACGUGUUUUUAUUAGGCUAUUGUUAUUCAUUGUGUGAGUGAAAAAUUGUGCGCGCAUGCGCGUGAACGUGGCUCACCGUGUUUUACAUGGGUCGAGGAAGCGUACAUGUACAAUGUACAUGUACAUGUACAUGCACACCGUCACUACACGGACAAUUGCCAAGUCAAUAGACACUCGAAUAAGCACACAUGCAUUUAUUUGGAUCCAAAAAUCUGAGAUUCGGUACUUAUGAAAUUGAUGGUGAGCAAACUGUCGUGAACAUUUUCAAUACUGCACAUCGGAACACCAGACAUUUUUUGUGGUAAAUUUGACGACACGAAGAGGUCGCACGAAGCGAGCCAUGCCAACAGCACGGACCGGGGCUGGGCGAGCAUUUGCCCCGUGGAAUCCAGCUGGGUUUGUCACACUUCUCUGGUUUCACCUUGGACUUUUGUUGCAGGAAUCGGUGUUAGUGAUUGCGCAGUCGCAAUGCUCUUCCGGCAUGUGUGAGCGCCCUCCAUCGACAUUAAGCACCCAAUCAACGUCCCCAGACACGUGUUACGAUUCCGGCCGAGCAGUCCUUUUACUCUGCAAUCCAGGAUUUCGACUGAGUGGCGAUAAUUACACAGCAAAGUGUAGUGAUGGAGUCUGGACACCAGACAGCGGUUGUAGAAUAGAUCUAUUUACCGUUUUCGUAGCCGCCAGUGCGUCGAUGGUAGCGAUUUUGAUCUUUUUCCUCUGCUUCCUGUGUUUUUAUAACUGGAGGUGCACUCCGAGAAAGCGCAAGCAGCACAACGUGUCAAAGGUCAAGAAAGAAAAGAAGAAACGCGCACGCGCUAAGGCUGAUCCUGAGGCCGCAAACGGCCGGCGGGGAGAACCAAAUGGGCACGUCGAAGAUCCUGAUCAAUUCGAAGACGAUUUCACUGAUGACGAGGAGGAAGGGGUGGUACCCAAUCGGGACACGCGAUACGAUGACAAUAUCUACCAGAAUCAAGGGUUCUAACUGAAUCAUAAUAAUUUGUGUUUAUGGUCAGGCUGUUUUGCUAAAACCUGACCAAUCCAAUUUGUGUCUGUCUAAUGCCCGCUUUAACUUAAAAUACAUAUAUAUAUAAUUGGUGGACAACCGCGUUAGUCAGACAAAAAACACAUUGAAAAGUAAGUUUGCACUUAAUAAAAUGGCUUACCAGAAUAAAAGUUAAGCUUUCGUAGCUAAAACUGAUUCAUAAAAAAUGAGCAAAAAGCUUUCGUCAUCAGACUGAUCAGUAUAAUUGUGGCUAUAAAAAGCUCAUCCAAACCUUUAUUGUUGUUAGCCAUUUAAGUACCUUACUUUUCCAAGUGUUAAAAAUGUAUAAAAUUAAUGGCAUUGCAGGGAUGAGAUUGUCAAUUUAAAAAAGUCUGAAAAUUGAAUGAAAGGCCUGAAAGGUAUUUCUUUCUAUACUGAUAAUGUCUUUCUCUCAGAUUCAAAAAGUCUGAAUUCAGACAAAAGUCUGUAGCGUAGAAGCCAUUAAAAAUAUGUUUUAAAAAGCUGAAUCUGCUUUUGUGUAUUAGUGAACUGAGAUUUUGUAAAAGGAGUAAAAAUAGGAAAAGGCAUGGAGUCUCUGUUGCACGUUUUUAAAUGGAAACCAGUUGUUCCUCGCUCCUUCCUUUCUGGAACUUUAAACUUUAAACAGUUGAAACUUUAUGCUUCUUGCAAGGAAUAAUUUACCAGAAGAAAAUAGAGUUGCAUUUACUUUUUAGAUGUAAGUGAUAAUUUUUUACAUAAUUUUCAAUAUAAAACGAUGCACUUCAAGUCGUGUGUUGUUUUUGUCCGUUGUCAAUGUUGAUGGUUGUUAGCUAUCUUUAAGUAUUUCAAACGUGAAUAAAAUAAAAAUGCUUAAAAACAGA